AUGAGCAGUAAAAGGAGUGGGAUCAACAUCCCUGGUGUGAUACUGGAUGAAUUGAAAGAGCGAGACUACAGUAAUGAUGAGAGGUUUAAGCUAGGUAAGCGUAAGCCUAAGGGUCAGUUGAAUCGUAAGGAUAGAAGAAAGCUGCAAAGGGCUCAGAAGAAGCAAAAGGGCAAGAAAGAAGUUGACCUUGAUAAGGUGUUGAAGAAAAAGCCACAGCAACAGAAUUCUGCUACGAGGGCAAGUGCUAAUAAGAAAGAUAAUCGCAAGAGUAAAGAAGAUGCAUUACCGUUUUCCUCUGAUGAUGAGCUAUCUUCGGGGGAUUUUGAUGAGUUUGAGGAAGGUGAUCUAAAUGAAGAGGAAUGGGAGCAACUAAGGGAAUUAGAAGGAUCUGAACAGGAAGAGGACAGUGGCUUUGAAGAGAGCUCUUCGGAUGCUAGUGAGAACCAUUUUGAGGACCCAGACGAAGAUGAGAUAAUCUCAGAGGUUUCAGAUGAGAGUGAAGAAUCGGAGCUUACUGUUGAUGAAACCUAUGCUCAACUAAAAGCAUUAAAAGAUAAGAAAUCAGGAAAUGUGAAGCACAAUAAGAGGGCUAAUAUAAAGCAGGAGCCUUCCAGUGAGAGUGAAAGUGAUGAUUCUGUAUCAAAACUUGAAGAAGAAGAAACCUUCAGUGGGUCCGAUUUGAGUGGUGAAGAAGUAGAUUCUGGAAUGUCAGUUGAAGAAACAUAUGCCAAAUUGAAGGCAUUGAAAGAAGCAAAAAAAUGGAACAACCACAAGUUAGAGACCGUAGUUGGCAUAGAAGGUGAUGAAGAUGAGAACUCCGAAGAGGAAUAUAGCGAUCUUCCGGAUUCUGAGUUUGACGAUGAAGAGGAGCAAGAAGAUGAUCAAGAAAUGACCGUUGAGGAAACAAUGAAUAAAUUGAAAGAACUUAAGAAAAUGAAAGAUCAAUCCAAAAGAACAGAGAAUCAAUCUAAAAAAAGCGUGAGAUUUUCCUCUGAGAAUCAAGUAAAAGUAUUUGAAUCCUAUAGAAGUGAUGAUUCAAUCUCAGAUGAGAUAAUAUCAGAAAGCGAUGAUUUCAUGUCCGAUGAGCUGAUAUCUGAUAGUGAUGAAGUCAUAAGUAAUGAUGAUGAUGAUGAUGAUGAUGAUGAUGAUGAAGAAGAAGAGGAGGAGGAAGCUGAAAUGACUCCAGAAGAAACCUGGGCAGCCUUAAGAAAACUGAAAGAAUCUAAAAAUUCUACUAAUCACAAAGACAAGGCUGAUACGACAUCAAAAAAGCUGAAAACUAAGUCAAAAUCUAAGUCUGAUGAAGUUGUUGAGUUCCCACUAUCCCCAAUGGAUAGGGCGGCUAUCCAGAGAGAUGAAUGGGAUAUGGAACAUUACGCAAAGAAGUUAGGUCUAAAAGGAAAACGCAAGAAAUUAAAAGCUCGUGACGAAUAUGAUGCGAUUGGUGGACUGUUAGAAGGUUUAGAUUAUUUUGAAAACUAUGGUGAAGAUGAGGAAACAGAUUCGAGUGAAAGCGUAUCUAGUGUCGAAGAUAGUUCUGAAUAUGAUGAAGAAGAUAAAAGGGAGGACGUCAAAAGAAUGGCUGGCAACUCUAAAGGAGAACUGCCGUUUCCAUCUGAUGAUGAAUUAUCUUCAGGUGAUUUUGAUGAAUUUGAUGAGAAUGAUCUCAACGAAGAAGAAUGGGCGCAACUUAGGGAGCUCGAAGCGUCAGAUGAAGAAGAAAGUGAUGGUGAGGAUACUAAGUCUUCCAAAAAGAAGAAAAAUAAGAGAGAAAAUCCAUAUGUGGCACCAGCUGCAGCGGAUACUGAAGCUUAUGUUCCUCCCUCUUUGAGGAAAAAUAAAUUAAAUGAGGACUCCGAUAACUCUAUGAUUAUCGAAAUAAGAAAGAAGGUAAAAUCCUCUUUAAACAAGCUUUCGGAUUCCAAUUUGGUCAUUAUGGUCUCGACCUUAAAUGAGUUAUAUGACACUUAUCCAAGGCAAUAUGUUUCUGAUAGUGUUACAAAAGAAAUGAUGCAGAUUAUUGCUCAAAAUAAUAAGCUACUUGACAGUUUCAUCAUGAACUAUGCUGCUAUUGUUUACUCUCUAUGGAGGUUAAGAGGUAUCGAAGUUGGAGCAUCAUUUUUACAGCAGAUUGUUGAGCACUUUUUAAAGCAUCUUGAAAAGCAGCUAGAUGAAAAUGAAUCCAUGACUGAAAUUUCCGAAGACUCUCCGCAAAUAAUAGGUAAACAAUCAUCAAAUAUUAUCAGUUUGAUAUCUUAUUGUUACAAUUUUGGUUUGAUGUCUUCUAGCUUGGUCUUUGAUAUGAUAAAACAGUUAAUUACUAAACCAAAUGAGUUUACAAUUGAAUUGCUAUUGAGGAUUGUAUCAAUUUCGGGACCUCUUAUUAGAUCAGACGAUCCUUCAGCUCUAAAAGAUAUAAUUGCAGAUUUAUUAUCAAAUGUCAAAGUAUUGAAAACAGUUUCUCCUAGAAUGCAGUUUUUAUUGGAUACUAUGGCAGACUUAAAAAACAAUCGAUUAAAGCCAUCAAUUAUGGCUGCAGACUUUCAUCCUACCAAGAAGAAUGUAUUAUCAGCUAUUCGUGGAAGUAACACAGAGGAACCACUUCAAGUCUCAUUAGAUGACAUAAAAAAUAUUGAGACAAAAGGUAAAUGGUGGUUAAUCGGAGCAUCAUGGAAAGGUAAUAUGAAUAGUGCCUUUGAAGAAGGCAUUUCUUCUGGUGCUGCAAAAAACAUUGUAUCAGAAAUGGACAUAAAAGAUGACUUCCUGGACGAUAUACCUGAUUGGGCUGAAAUAGCCCGCUCUCAAAGAAUGAAUACUGAAUUAAGGAGAGCUAUAUUUGUUAGUAUAAUGUCAGCACAGGAUUACGUAGAUGCCUCAUCAAAAAUUGAAAAGCUGAAUUUAAAAAAUAAACAGUUGGUUGAAGUUCCUAAGGUUAUAAUGCAUUGUCUGCUGUCUGAAAGUGGGAAAAGUGGUUAUAACCCCUACUAUUAUCUGGUAGCAAACAAACUUUGUGAAUUGAAUGGUCAUUUGCAGAAACCAUUUCAAUUUUUGUUCUGGGAUAUACUAAAAAGAUUCGAAGAUAAUUCUUCAUAUGACUCUGAUGAAGACGACUUAAUUGAUGAUUCCGAAGACGUUGACGAAAAUACUGCCUUAAAAAGGACCAUUAGCCAAGGUAAAUUUUUUGGGUCAAUGAUAGCUGAACAAAUUUUGAAACUUGAUGUCUUAAAGCAUGCUCCAAUCAUUGGUGGUUUAAAACCAAAUGGCUAUAUUUUCAUGGAGGUCAUGAUAUAUCAAUUGUUAAUAUUGGUAGCGAAAAAGUCAGAAAAAAAGUCUAAAAGUAAGACCGAAGAAGGCGUGGCAUACACUACAUCAUUAUUAAAGGACAUCAUCGUUCGUGGGAUAAAGGAUGACAACAAGUCGUUUAUAUUGAAAGGGCUUAAUUGGUUUUUAGGAAAAAAGCGCAAAUUCCAUAAUUACAUUAGUGGCAGAAAAGGAGAUAAAAAAUAUGAAAAAGACUCGAGAAGGCUCGAUUGGGGACUUUCCGCUACUAAACAUAUUAUCAACGAAGAAUUGUCUAUUAAUGCGUUUUGA